AGCCAAUAGGAGUCAAAAGAAUUCCUACAUGGGCGAGUAACGCCGCUGUGAGAUUCUGCAACAGAUGACGGCGGCGACUACAUAAAUCAGGAAUAUUACGGUGUGUAGGCACAGAUGAAGGAGUUCAGGCUAGCUAAGGGAGUCGGUUGUCUAACGGGGAAGCAGGAGACGUUUUAGGCCUUUUGACCUAAUUGAGAAUUUUUUAUCCGAAGUCUUGGAAUUUUCUCUUUACCCUUUAUUUGUACAGAAGGCCGCAGAAGCCUCGGGCUGAAUUUGGCGACAGACUGAACUGAGUGAAAGCACACAUCUGUGGAAUUAUUUGAAAAGUCUCAUAAAAUGUUGUUGCUAGAAUUUGGCGACUGGACGUCGUAACACAAUUAUUUGACACUGUCAAUCGCGUCUUCACGAUAGCAAGAAGUGGAAUUAAUGUGGAGUACAAAGAUGCUGAAGAGACAUGAUAACUAGCCUGCUAGCUAGCGCGCUACGAUGCUAAUUAGCUGCCCAGCAGCGAAACUCAUGCGAGUUGAACGAAUGAAUUGCCGACCACCAGCAUUUAACAAACUGUUCUCUGUUUUUGCCACAACACAUCGAAUGUUAUACAAGACCGCACUGACGAACCCUUUGUGGCGAACUCUUCUUUGACUGUUAAACUGCAGACCCACAAAUGGACAGGAAUGCGAUUCCUGGGAGUUGGACAGCGCCGAUUUAGCACACAAGAUAUUGUCAUGCUAAUAUAGACUAUAGUUUUGUGAUGUUUGUAAAGCUUGGGGAAGCCAAGUUCAGCUAGCUACAAAUAUUUGCACUACGUAGACUUUGCUGCAGUAGUGUGGUGCUUCCACUCGGCUUGGAAUGGGGAAUACGGUGUCCUGCUGCGUCUCUCCCGAGUCGAGCCCCAAACUACCUUCGAGACUACCGGCAGAGCGGCUGGAGGAGUUCCAGACCAGCACCGAAGUGAGCGAUGAUAACACCGUGCCCUACCUGCAGCAUAUAAGCGAUAGAGAGAUCCCUGAUGAGUUGGCCUUGGAAUCUAACCCAUCAGACCAUGCCCGAGCGAGCACCAUCUUCCUUAGCAAGUCCCAGACAGAUGUACGAGACAAGAGGAAAAGCAACCACAUAAAUCAUAUCAGCCAUGUGUCUCCUGGUCCGAUGUCAAAGAAGUACAGCUCCUGUUCCACAAUUUUCAUAGAUGACAGCACUGUCAGCCAGCCAAACCUCAAAAGCACAAUCAAAUGUGUCACAUUAGCAAUAUACUACCACAUCAAAAACAGGGACUCAGACAGGUCACUGGACAUCUUUGAUGAGAAGUUGCACCCCUUAUCAAGAGAGCCUGUGCCAGAUGAUUACUCCCGAAUAGACCCAGAGCACAAACUGAUCUACCGCUUUGUCCGAACACUCUUCAGCGCUGCACAGCUCACUGCAGAAUGUGCCAUCGUCACACUGGUGUACUUGGAGCGCCUGCUGACCUACGCUGAGCUGGAUAUCUGCCCUGCCAACUGGAAGCGCAUUGUUCUGGGAGCCAUUUUGCUGGCCUCCAAAGUCUGGGAUGAUCAGGCUGUGUGGAAUGUCGACUACUGCCAGAUCCUUAAAGACAUCACCGUGGAGGACAUGAAUGAGAUGGAGCGCCACUUCCUGGAACUCCUUCAGUUUAACAUCAACGUGCCAGCCAGCGUCUAUGCCAAGUACUACUUUGAUCUGCGGCAGCUGGCUGAUGACAACAACCUCAGCUUUCCUUUGGAGCCUCUCAACAACCAGCGUGCCCAGAAACUAGAGCAAGCCCCCUGUUGUACUGCCUCUGCCGUCAGAUUAGAAGCUGUGUUGGUUAAGAUGGCUUCCACCUCAUGUUCCCAAGUGGCCAUUUCAAGACUCUGUGAGGACAAGUACAAGGAACUGAGCCGAUCAGCGAUGCGGCGAUCCUUCAGCGCCGACAACCUGAUAGGUGUACGACGCUCCAACGCUGUGCUCUCAUAGGCCAGACUGCUACCAUCUGCCCUCUGAUUACCAAAGCCCAGCGAACCCACAGCCCGCCCUGGACAAGUGUGGCCACCCCACAGGGUCAGCAGGCAGGAUUCAACCUUGAAGUGUGACUGUAUCACCUGCCCAGCGGUAAUUUGUAUUACAGCUGUAGAGCCGCGUGGUUGUCAAAUUAAACUUGAAACUGAGGUGUUUACUUAAAACUUUAUCAUGCCACUAUUGUUUUUACAAAUCCUUAAUUUAUUUCUGAGUUGUCCCUCAUUUGUAAGAGGACGUGUUAAAUAGGAAAGAGGUGAAAUAUUUGAGGCUGGUUGGAUUCUGUUUGUUGUUAUUGCCAUCAAAUCCUAUGAAAAGACCAAAACCAACAACGUGUUAGCCCAGCUGUGUACUUUCUAACUUCCCUAGCUGUCUGUGCUUAUUAUGGGUCAAACAUAGAAAUUCAUGUUUUAAAAACAUUUAAUUUCCUUAAAAUGGCCACUGUAGUUUUUAUCAGACUUGACUCAAACAGGAGG